CAACUCCCGUCAGGAUAUCAGAAUAUCAACAAUGGAAUCGCCUUACAAGUAGAGUCUAGUUUUUCAUGAUCGCACACCAUUAUUCGUGCUUUCACGAACGCACUAUCAAGGUGUUUUCUAAAUUGAUCGAGCGAAAAAGUAGCCUGCACUUAAGAGACGGACCACUGCUCACAAAUUAUGGACGAGGAGAAUAUGACCAAAAGCGACGAGCAUCAUCUGAGUUUGCAAAAAGCCUUGCAGCAGUGCGAACUGGUGCAAAACAUGAUAGACAUUAGUAUAUCCAGCUUGGAAGGUCUGAGGACCAAAUGUGCCACAUCCAACGACUUGACACAAAAAGAAAUCCGAACGCUGGAGGGUAAACUGGUGAAGUAUUUUAGUCGGCAGCUCUCUUGCAAGCGUAAAGUGUCCUUACAGGAGCAGAAUGUGGAGUUGGAUGGAUUCCCGCAGCUGGGACACUGGUUCCGCAUUGUUAACAUGAGGAAGGAGGUUAUUGAGGAGAUCUCUCCAGGUGAGCUGACUCUGGAGGCUCUGUUGGAGAUGUCGGAUGAGCAGGUGUGUGAGGCUCUGCAGAAGUUUGGAGCGAGUGAUGAAGAAUGUGCUCGGCUCAAUGCCUCGCUCACAUGUUUACGAUCAGCCCACAAAUCAGAACAACUUGAGGAUGGCAAAUUACACAGUAAUGGAGGAUCCAAGCAGGACUGGUCUAUUCAAUGGCCCACGUCUGAGUCGGGUAAAGAGAACACCCCAGUGGGGCCGUCAGACCCCAGUCAGUGGGUCCGUCUCCAACUCUCCCAGAGCCCCAAAUUGCACUCACGCUACAGCCAGCACUUGUGCCAGAGUCCCCAGGCCCUGGCGCCCCCCUUCUACUCCCCUCACCCACAUUCGGACCGGCUGACCGUGGACCCUCACUAUGGCCUCUUCCCCUUGCCUCUGGAUAUGGGACAUCACUCUCUCCCUCCUUCCCCCAGACAGAGGCAUUUUGCCCACACCCCUCCGCGGACUCCCUUAGUAGUGAACACCAUGACCCCUCCAGGGACGCCACAGGUCAGGCGCAGGAAUAAACUGAAGGCCCCUGGAACCCCACCGCCCGCCAGCCGGAAGCUCAUCCACCUUCUGCCAGGGUUCACGGCUCUGCACCGCAGCAAAUCCCAUGAGUUCCAGCUGGGGAACAGAAUAGAUGACGCACAGACACCCAAAGCAAAAAAGAAGAACAAGCCGCUGAACCUGAAGAUCCACAGCAGUGUGGCUGGGAGCUGUGAAAACCUGCCAACCCAGCGCUCUCCUCUCCACUCCGAUCACUCACUCCGCUCCUUCUUUUUCCCCAAUUUUGUCCCCUCGACACCACCGGUGCACUCCGAUACCCCCUCAGCAAAUACUCUGUCUGUUCCUCGCUGGUCUCCUCAAAUACCUCGCAGAGACCUCGGCAACUCCAUAAAACACAGGUUUUCCACGAAGUAUUGGAUGUCACAGAUAUGUAUCGUGUGCGGGAAAGGAAUGCUGUUCGGCUUAAAAUGCAAACACUGCAAAUUGAAGUGCCACAACAAAUGCACCAAAGAAGCUCCACCCUGUCAUUUACUCAUAUACCACAGAGGAGGUAGGGACUCAUCCAGAGAUCAAGUAACAUCUCAAGCUCGUCAGCUCGUCAGGACCGAGUCGGUACCAUGUGACAUAAACAACCCCCUCAGGUACUCCGACCUCCACAUUAGCCAGACUCUCCCCAAGACCAACAAAAUCAACAAGGACCACAUCCCUGUGCCGUAUCAGCCCGACUCCAGCAGUAACCCCUCCUCCACCACCUCCUCCACCCCGUCAUCUCCUGCUCCCCCUCUGCCGCCCAGUGCGACGCCCCCAUCUCCUCUGCACCCUUCUCCGCAAAGCGCCAGACAGCAGAAACAGUCCAACCUUACAGCAUCUCAUUUCUACAAAUGCAAGCAGCAGUUCAUCUUCCCUGAUGUGGCCCCUGAGGUUCCCACCAGGGCCCCUCAAGUCAUUCUACACCCUGUUCUGUCUGAGCCUGGUACCAAAGUGAGUCCCUUGCUACAAAUUGAGGUUGAACCAACAUCUGAUAACGAGGAAGGCAACGAUGAGGCAGAGGGCUCAGCGGAUGAGUUUGAGGAGAUGAAUCUCUCCCUCCUGUCCGCACGGAACUUCCCACGUAAGGCCAGCCAGACCAGCAUCUUCCUGCAGGAGUGGGACAUUCCCAUGGAGCAGGUGGAGAUCGGAGAGCUGAUCGGGAAAGGCCGCUUUGGACAGGUCUAUCAUGGACGCUGGCAUGGAGAAGUGGCCAUACGGCUAAUUGACAUUGAAAGAGACAAUGAAGAACAGCUGAAAGCAUUUAAAAGAGAGGUGAUGGCGUACAGGAACACGCGGCAUGAAAACGUGGUCCUGUUCAUGGGAGCGUGUAUGAGACCCCCUCAUCUGGCCAUCAUCACCAGUUUGUGUAAGGGCAGGACCCUCUACUCAGUGAUUCGAGAUGCAAAAGUCGUUCUCGACGUGAACAAGACUAGACAAAUUGCACAAGAGAUGGUGAAGGGCAUGGGCUACCUGCAUGCCAAAGGGAUCCUUCACAAAGAUAUGAAAUCCAAGAAUGUAUUUUAUGACAACGGGAAAGUGGUCAUCACCGACUUUGGCCUGUUCACAAUAUCUGGUGUUCUACAAGCAGGCAGUAGGAGAAAGGAUAAGCUGCGGAUCCCAAGCGGCUGGCUGUGUCAUCUCGCUCCUGAGCUCAUCCGUCAGCUCUCCCCCGAGACUGCAGAAAACCAGCUUCCUUUCUCCAAACAGUCUGAUGUCUUUGCCUUUGGCACUAUCUGGUACGAGCUCCAUGCACGUGAGUGGCUCUUUAAGAAUCAGCCAGCUGAAGUCAUUAUCUGGCAGGUGGGAAGUGGAAUGAAGCCCAACCUUACUCAGAUCGGCAUGGGCAAGGAGAUAUCCGACAUCCUGCUGUUCUGUUGGGCGUAUGAACAGGAAGAGCGGCCCAGCUUCUCCAAGCUCGUGGAACUACUGGAGAAACUCCCGAAACGCAACCGUCGCCUGUCUCACCCAGUACACUUCUGGAAAUCAGCUGAGCUGUGACGGCGAUGGGUUCCUGUUCUUCAGAAGGCCUUUCUUUCUCUCAUUGUCUCAUCUGGACUGCAUUCUAACACCCAAUCAAGCCCUGGACCGAGCUCUUACCUCAUCAGUCACGUGACAGGAAAUCAUGGCGAUGGCUUCCUGUGAUACUUAGGAUCGAUGGACUGAGUUCAGUAUAGAGAGCCCUUGCUUUGUUAGUCUAUGCAGAAUAUGGCCGGUACCUUUGGUUAGAUUUUGAUUUAGGUUUUAAAAAGAGGCUGCAUCUUCUUCGUAAUCUGUGUACACAAAGUCAAUAUCUGUCCUCCAUUCCAAACAUGUCUACUAUCAACAUCACAGCCAUUCAGGAGUUGCAUUAAAGGUGAAGUGUGUCAUUUUUUAUAUUAAAAUACUUUAAUAUACAGGUUUAAUGAGCAAAGACAAGCUAUUUGUAGCAUGAUUUCCUUGUGUAGCUUUCCAAACAUUUGCUCUGUUUGUAUGAUUGAUCUGAAACAGCAACAUUAAUUCAAACAAUGGAGUAAUUUUGCGGAUGAGGCACCUGUUUAUCUGAACAAUUGAAUGCAACAGUGACUUUUUCAGCAGCCAUGACUCUGGAGGAAUUUUACCCAUUCAUUCCCUCCAUAGAGAUUUCAAAUAAUUUUUCAAAUAGGGCCUUGAACCAAAUCAACCAGCUCUGAGAUUAAUCACAUUACCCUAUCUGAUUGAAAUGAAAGCUAUUAGAAAAUAAGAAAACAGGCAAAAGACUGUGUACUUGAUUAUUUAAAGAAGUAAAAAAGUAUGAUGCAUUGCAAAUGUAUAAUAG